AUGGCAUCGCAAGAUCACCGCGCAGCUGCUUCAACUGAUGACAGCACCGUUGGAUUCAUGAACGACAUGAAUUUGGCCAUGGAGCAGGUUGUGAAAGACUCCAAGGAGACUAAGAUUCCGUCGAUGAACAAUGGGCUUGUAUAUUAUGGCAGCUCUGAUGAGGAAAGUAAAACCGACGAUGAAGUUGAAGCCGUCAAAGAGACUACCGCCACGAAGGUUACAGUGAUUAGUCAAAUGAAAGGCAAAGACGGGAAAGUCGUGGAGGGCAUCCGUGAGAACGUUGUCGUGGAGGAAGUCGAGGAGAUUGUUGAAGAUGAGAAGGAGGAGGAUGAGCUCAUUGUUGGUUCUGAGAAAGCCAUUACUCAUGUCGUGACGCCGCCUCCCACACUUCCCUCGCCGCCGAUCAGCCCGAUUGCGACACGUUGUACAGCCUUGAGGCCGGGCAAGCUACCGGCGCCCACCCACCUGCCACUUAUUCCUAGCAAGCCCAGUUCCGAGGAGAGGAAAAACGUUAUUUUGGAGAAUAACGACUUGUCGCGUAACCAGAAGUGUGCUGCUUUGAAUGCAUUUAUAGUAGCGAGGGAGAGGGAAAGGAAGGAGAGGGCGGCGGCGAGUACGUUGUGCGCCGAGUCGCUGUCCGGGUCGGCUGAAAUCAGCGGUGGGGUUGGUGGUCGCGAAAAGCGGGUUAAAAGCGUGGAAGAGGAGCUCAACGAGAUCAACAAGACUGCGAAGAAUGACGAGGAGAGGAGGGAGAGAAUCAGAGAGUUAGCGAGCAAGAACGCGUCACCUGUCCAGAAUAGGGGACGUAAAACGUCAAAGUCGAUGUCGUCAGCGCCUAACUCUAUCCCGGAAAGUUGGGUGGUCUACAUCACUCCAUCCCAGGCUUUAAUUAUCAGCGAGAGGAAGAUUGAAAAUGCAGCGAGACACCAGGAGAUCAAAAGGCUACCUGAAGCUCGCUUUACGGAGGAUGAGAGAGCAAGGAUGGCCAAGCUAUUGAAAAAGAAUAUUGAGAACGCGAAGAGGAGGAGGAUGGAGGCGGAUGCACCUUCUGGGUUUCAGAGUGAGAUGGGCGAGGCAGAAGUGAAGAAGGAGACCGACGUUCAUCUGAUGCGUAAGGUUCCGUUGCCCGGGGAAGACACGCGCCUCUUCAACAGGCAAGAGCCGUCUGCAGAGGCCGAGUCCGAGCAUAUCUUGCCUCCUCGCAUCACCCAGCAGGAGAUCAUCAUCGACAGCAGCGACGAUGAGAAACCGGCCACGGCAACGCAAGAAAGGCCGGAUGACACAAAGAAGAGGGUUAGGGUUGUACCGGCGAAUAAGAAGCCUCAGCCCGAGAGUACUGUACCGCUGCCGAACAAAAAGCGCCGCAACCAGAAUACUACUACUCUUCCAAACCGCGAGGGCAGUCCGUCGUUCAGUGAGGGUGACACACUCAGGAUUGGCAAUGCAAUCCGGGACAAUACACCCUGGGUCCAUGUAGGGAGGCACACUGGAUUUAACGGAGAAAAACUCAAGAAAUGGUGGUGGGACAAAGCCUGUCCGACGUUGGCUAACGCUGCAAAGCGCGGGUAA